AUGUGGGCACAAUCAGAUUGUGGACAAGAUCUCUACAAAGAGAACCAUCUCACCCCGGAGGACCAUCUCACCCCGGAGGACCAUCUCAUCCUUGAGGACCCAUCUCACCCCGGAGGACCCAUCUCACACCGGAGGACCCAUCUCACACCGGAGGACCCAUCUCACACCGGAGGACCCAUCUCACCCCGGAGGACCAUCUCACCCCGGAGGACCAUCUCAUCCUUGAGGACCCAUCUCACCCCGGAGGACCAUCUCACCCCGGAGGACCAUCUCAUCCUAGAGGACCAUCUCACCCCGGAGGACCAUCUCACCCCGGAGAACCCAUCUCACCCCGGAGGAACCAUCUCACCCUGGAGAACCAUCUCACCCCGGAGGACCCAUCUCACACCGGAGAACCAUCUCACCCCGGAGGACCCAUCUCACACCGGAGAACCCAUCUCACCCCGGAGGACCCAUCUCACCCCGGAGAACCCAUCUCACCCCGGAGGACCCAUCUCACCCCGGAGAACCAUCUCACCCCGGAGGACCCAUCUCACCCCGGAGAACCCAUCUCACCCCGGAGAACCCAUCUCACCCCGGAGAACCCAUCUCACCCCGGAGGACCCAUCUCACCCCGGAGAACCAUCUCACCCCGGAGAGCCCAUCUCACCCCGGAGAACCCAUCUCACCCCGGAGAACCCAUCUCACCCCGGAGAACCCAUCUCACCCCGGAGAACCCAUCUCACCCCGGAGGACCCAUCUCACCCCGGAGAACCCAUCUCACCCCCUGACAUACACACCCACCAGCCCACACCCACCUCCGACCAGCCACCUCCCACCAGCCUUCACCCACCACCCACCACCCACCAGCCUCCAGCCCCCACCCACCAGCCCCCAGCCUCCACACACCUCCCACCAGCCACCAGCCACCAGCCCCCACCCACCAUCUCCAGCCCCCAGCCUCCAGCCCCCACCCACCUCCCACCAGCCUCCACCCACCACCCACCACCCACCAGCCUCCAGCCCCCACCCACCAGCCCCCAGCCUCCACACACCUCCCACCAGCCUCCAGCACCCACCCCCCACCCUGCUCCAGCCCCCAUCCUCCGGCCCCAGCCUCCAGACCCCCAGUCUCCAGCCCCCACCCACCUCCCACUAGCCACCAGCCUCCAGCCCCCAGCCUACAGCCCCCAUCCACCAGGCCCCACCCACCACCAGGCCCCAGCCACCACCAGGCCCCACCCACCGCCAGGCCCCAGGCACCACCAGGCCCCACCCACCACCAGGCCCCACCCACCACCAGGCCCCACCCACCAUCAAAUAUAA